AUGGCUACUAAAAGAACGUUGCGGUACGCACAAAUUGCAUGUGCUUGCAUCUGGUGUCUUUUUUCGGCUGGAAUUGUGUUUGGAUUUGCUGCUUUAAAGCCUAUUCUGAUUUCAGAAGGUGUAUACCAUGAACUGUGUGAUUCUGAAAAUGGUGAUGAGCUACUAUGUACCGCACAAGAUCUAAAACUAAAUUUCAUAUUCGCACUUAGUGCCACCGUGACGAACGUCAUGGCCCUGCCUGUAGGAAAGAUUUUGGAUAUGUAUGGACCCCGCGUCUGUGGAAUAAUAGGAUCUGGUCUCUUGUUCCUAGCAUGCGGCAAUUUCAUUUCUGCCAAACAUCUAGCAUCAAUUUGGGACCCAUAUCUUGUUGGUUACACAUUUUUAGCCAUUGCGGGUCCCUUUGUGUUUAUUUCAUGUUUCCAGUUGGCCAACAGUUUCCCACAAAGAUCAGGGACCAUAUUGGCUCUACUAACGGGAUCAUUUGAUUCGUCAUCUGCCCUGUUUUUGAUUUAUAGGUUAUUAUAUCAAAAUUGGUAUCCUAACUUAAAUGUCUCCAAAUUUUUCACUAUUUAUUUAUUUGUUCCGUUGUUUAUUCUUGUGUGCCAACUCACUAUCAUGCCUCAUUCGUCCUACAAAACCGUUAACCACAUAGCCAAAAUUGCUGUAGAAGGCUUAGACGAAGAUGGAAGACUCAUUGAGGGCGAUACAGGGUCUGGAAUCAUCCCUGAUGAACAGGAACGGCGAUCAUUGAUUUCAAUGGAGGAUGAGGAAGGCCCAAUAGCUACUUCUCCAUCAAGAAAACAGAGAAGAAAAUCAGUACUUGAAACUUAUGUUGAAGGAAAAUUGCUGAAAAAGUCUGGCGGUAUAUUUGGAGUCUUACAUGGAAAAUCUGCUUUAGAACAAAUAAAAAGUCCGUGGUUUUACUUGAUGCUUUUAUUUACUCUUGUGGCAAUGCUAAGAAUUAACUAUUUUAUUGCUACCGUCAGAACUCAAGAAGAAUAUUUAUUAAAUGAUCCUGAGUUAGCACUAAAAUUAAACUCAAUUUUCGAUAUGUUACUUCCACUCGGUGGUGCUAUUUCUAUACCUUUUAUUGGAUUGCUCUUGGAUCAUACAGAUACUUUGACAACCCUUACAGUAUUAUUCACUAUUUCAAUCGCCAUAGGUAUUUUUGGGUUGAUUCCAAACUCAUUCAUCUGCAACCUAGUAGGGAUAGCAUUACUGGUAGUCUAUAGACCAUUCUAUUACACAGUUGUUUCUGAUUAUUCUUCGAAGGUCUUUGGUUUUGACACAUUUGGUACUGUUUAUGGGUUAUUAUCUUGCAUUUGUGGGAUUUUCAAUAUGAGUCAAAACUUAUUAGAUAAAUGGACGCAUACCACUUUCAACAUGAACCCGUUCCCCAUAAAUUUCAUGCUGGUAAUCCUCACCGUUGUUUUUUCACUAAUUGUAACAUUUUUCAUUAGAUCUCAAAUUUUGCAAAGAUCCAAGGAUGCAAGAACAUUUCCCUCCAACUAUCAAACUAUUUAA